GGCCGAGCGCGAUGAGAAGCGCGAAGACCUGAUGAAGCAGGCGAGCCGGCAUGCGGCAAACAUGGAGAUCCAGGCCUCGACUUGGCGCACUGAGCUCCAAAAGGGCGUUGAAAAGCGCAUCGUACUUGAAUGUGAAACCUCACGCCUGAAGUUGGUAAACCAGGACCUGGAGCGACAGCUGUCCAACUUGAUGGAAAAGAUCAAAGAUCUCGAAAGCUCAGUCUCAGACACGAAUAGCCAGUCGAUUUCCAUGUGGGACGCCAACAUUGCCUUGACCGAUGAGCUCAAGAUACAGAACAAAAUGCUCUCUGCACGUCACAACUCUCUCAAGUUACCAAUCAAACGCAAAAUCUCGGAAAUUGGCCAUUUUGAAGGCACAGACAAGGACACCACACAAUUGCAAGCUGACGUCGCCCGCAUGGACUCCCUAAAUGAACGUCUACGCGAUGAGCUCUGCGACGGACGUAGACAGGUCCAGUGUACAGAGAAGAAGGCCGCUACUCGCAAAACUAUGCUGCAGGGCAUGAAAAAGAUCAUCAACUCACUUUCCAACAAAACGAAGGUUCUUACAGAGCUUGUGAGCAUCGGUAUCGAUUCAGCAGACCUCUGCGUGGCUAAGUUGGAAGAACGUGUCCUGACCUGGAUAUACAAGCGUUGCGAGCACGAGUUCAACAGGGAAACACGGGACCCUGAAGGCGAGCUCCAUGCACUCGAGGUGAUCAACAGAGAGCAUGAGGUUGCGAUGGCAGAGUCGACGUCUAAUCUAAAGGCAACGCUCAACAAGCUGCGUGAGAGUGUCGACUAAGUGACGAACCAGGCCCGCUUUGGCCUGCAAUCACUGAGCUCGGAAAUGAGGUCAACAGUGUACCUGUUUUGACGUUGGAGCUGGACUGGACGUCAUGAUUUGGGUUCACUGAACAGGCUUGAUGGUGCUUCUUCUAUACUCACUCUCAACGCUAUGAAAGAAUCGGGUAGACUUGCAACAGCCCUGGUGGCAGAGUUCUAGGAUAGUCAAGCCCUGAGGGUUGCUUUGGAAUAGCUAUUAGAAUACAUUGUCUUCCACCCUAAAAAAACAAGCUGCAUUUAUCGCAAGCUGCGCUCAAACAUCCAUUCACAUGUGCCAGCGGCUAUCCCUGUCUAUCAGGAGUAGCCCGUGUGUGUAAAGUGUUCUCUUUCCCACC